UACUAGGUUUGUUCUGAUAACAGUUCUAUAUUUUUAUGCCAGAAUGCUUGAUAUGUUUAUUUCUUUCCAUAAAGUAACUUUUUUUUUUGUGGGAUCAUUUAAAACCUGGAUUAUUUUGACAUCAUUGGUACACCAAUGGACUUUGGAACAAUAUGCAGAAAUCUUGAAAAAGAUGAUAAAUUUAUGAACUCAGAGGAUGCUUAUAAAGAUAUUCAAUUCAUUUGGGACAACUGUUAUAACUAUAAUAGUAAAGGUGACUAUAUAUUGACCUCAUGAGAAGGGUGAAGAAGAAUUUUAUGAAGUAUUGGACUGCAGCUGGUUUAUCACUAAGCAAUCAAGAGGUUCCAGUGGUAUGUGUUUUAUGGUUGUGUCCUUUCUCAAUCAAAUCAUUUUUAUUUGUCUGGUAAGGCUCAUUUGGUAAACUUGUCUUUCUUUUUUUUUUCCCAUUGUAUUCAAAAUAACCAAAAGAAAAAGCAAAAUGAACCAAUCAUUUUUAUCAUUUUGACACUAAUAUAGCCUUUUAUUGGUUGGCAUGUGGAAACAUAGCCACCAUACGAGUACUAGGUCUUACUUAUCCUAGGUCUUUUUUUAUUAUUAUAAAUUAUAGCUUCAAAAAUGGAGGAAUAGCUAUUAUUUUAGUACUUGAUAACAAUAUAAAAAAAUAAAUUUCAGUGCUUUUGGCAAUAUAUCAGUACUUUCCUUUUUUUUUUAAUGAAAAUAUAUCAGUACUUUUAAUCUUACUAAUUCAGGUCAAAUUUUCCUUCAUCAUUUUUCAUUUAAAAUUAUCAUUAGCUUACUUACAUGGGUCUUAAGCAGGAGUUACUGGGGCCAAACUAUGCCAAGAAAUAACUAAUGUAGCAGGGCAUCCAUUUCCUGAAAUAUAUAUGGCUACAAAUCAGAUGAGCCAUUGCCAUAAGAUUUUUAGUGCCAAAUCAUAUGUGGUACCAGAGGUAGACUUCAUGAUUGCUACCACAAAGUAACCGUUCUUUCAUCCCAAAACAUCUUAAGUACACCCUGAUUCAUUCUGAUCCUUUAUCAAUUGGUGCUGAAGCCCCUCAAGGGGAGGACAUUGGAGCAUCAAGUCAAGGACAUGGUAAAAGCGGUCAAUCGAAACAGAAGACAAAAAAUGUCAUGAAAGGCAUCAUAAACUUGAUUGCCUUGCUAAAGGUCAGAUUGGAUGCGCUGAUAACAAACUUGCUCAGGAGUUAAAGCAAGAGAGAAUAACUAAAGUUAGUAGAUCAAACAUGGAGUAUGGCUGCUCUGUCAAGGAAGAAUUGGGAAUUACUAUGCAAAGGGAUCAGCAUAACCUACCAGAUUUUGAAAAUGAGUUCGCAAACGCAAAGUUCUGUGUUAUCAAAUCUUACAAUUGAAGAUGACAAUCAUAAGAGCAUUAAAUAUGAUGUAUGGGCAAGCACUCCAAAUGGCAAUAAUAAGCUAGGUGCAGCAUUCCGUGAUGCAGAACGAAGAUCAGGUUAAUGGAAGUGGACAAUUUGUUGAGAUGGUUGGGCAGAGACACUCAAGAGUUCACUUCUCUUGAAAGAUUGGACCAAUUUGAGGAGGAUGAGGACCAAAAUGCCUUAUUUCACUUCUCUACUGACCAUGACAAGGAGGGGAAAAUUAAGUGUGCGGUUCAUCCAAUAUAACAACUUGAGAUUAAUGAGGAAGGCGUUCAAAGAUUGGAACAAAAUGAUGUGGAUGAAGACCAAAAUGACUUUUUGAAUCAUAAGGGAGAGGAACCACACCUCCUCUAACAAAUUCAAAAUCUCUAUCGCUUCCUUGUUGCCUAUGCUAACCAAACUCAAAAUGACAACAGCCUCUUGGAAAUUUAAAAUUAAUGGACCUCAGCUACUCUCACCGCCUGAUCAGGAUUCCGAACUUGUCAGGUAUUGCCCCAAAUCUCGAGUUUUUAUAUUUGUAUGAGUGUAAGAGUUUAAUUGAAAUUCCCUCUCUUCAAAAUCUAAGUAAUCUUGUAGAACUUCAUAUGCGCUGUAGCAAACUUAUACAACUGUGGAAUGGAGGAGAUAAGAUAGAGCCUCUUGGAAAUUUUAAAUUAAUGGACCUCAGCUACUCUCAUGACCUGAUGAGGAUUCCGGACUUGUCUAGUAUUGCCCCAAAUAUCGAGUUUUUAUCUUUGAAAAGAUGUUAUAGUUUGGUUGAAAUUCCCUCUCUUAAAAAUCUGAGCAAUCUUACUGAACUUGAUCUAUGUGAAUGCUAUAAAGUCAAAGAUUGUCCAGAGAUUCCGUGUAAUAUAAAGAUUCUAACUUUAGAUUACACUGGAAUAGAACAACUGCCCUCAUCAAUUAAGCAUCUGUCCCAACUUGUCACAUUGUCCUUGAACGAGUGUACAGAACUCGUGAGUCUUCCAAGCAGCAUUGGCUAUUUGAAACGUCUUGAACAACUUAAUUUAGUUGGAUGUUCAAGACUCAUGACUAUUCCAAGCAGCAUUGGCAAUUUGAAACGUCUUGAAGAGCUUCAUCUCGGUGGAUGUUCAAGACUCGUGACUAUUCCAAGCAGCAUAGGCGAGUUGAAAUGUCUUGAAAAAUUACUUCUCUUUAGAUGCUCAAAUUUAGCAAGUCUUCCAAAAAGCAUCAAACAACUUUCGAAGUUGAAACAGCUUGAUUUAAGCAUUUGCGAGAGUCUUAAAAUUUUACCAGAGCUUCCAUCAUGCUUAGAAUGCUUAGUUGCAGGUAAUUGCCCCUCUCUGGAAUCUGCAUUAAUUUCUUUCCAUUUCUCAGAACAAGAAGAUGAAAAUGAAGAAGCAGAUAAGAGUGAAGAUGAAAAUGAAGUGUUAUGGAAAGUCAAUCACUAUGUUAUGGAAAGUCAAUCAAUAUAUUAUUUCUCUGUAUAUUUUGUAUUUAGGAUUUCUUAUUUAGGAUUUCUUCCUAAUUAGUAGAACACAAUUAUAGGAAUCAAUUGUAUAUAUAUACCCAUGUACAGAUUAAUUGAAAUCAAUGAGAAUCAUCUCUUUCUACAUGGUAUCAGAGCAGGUCAUCAAUCUAGGGUGACUAUUUGUUCUCACUACCCAGCUCAGGAGAGACCUUGGCCGCCGACCGGCCGUUUCAACCCCGAUCAACAUCGCCGGCGUCGCCUCAACCCCCUCACCUGAUCCAGUAAACCAUUAAAGGACUUCUGAGGUUUGGCUCUCAAAUCCUACUUCGGUAUUUGCUUGAUUUGUGAUUUUGGGUUAUUUUGUUGCUAUAAGCACUUUGGAUUAGCGUUUCGGUCAGUUUUCUUUGUCUCAACAAAUGGCAGACAAUAAGAAUAUUAUUUCUGAUGUGAUUCCGGUGACGACUAAGAUCACGGAACACAAACUUAAUGGUUCGAAUUACCUGGAGUGGAGUAAGACUGUUAGGGUCUAUUUGCGUAGCAUUGAUAAGGAUGAUCACCUUACUAAAGAUCCACCCACUGAUGAUACAUGACAAACUUGGCUAAGGGACGAUGCUCGGUUGUUUUUACAGCUUUGGAACUCGAUUCAUAGUGAGGUAAUUAAUUUAAUUAAUCACUGUGAAUUUGUUAAGGAAUUGAUGGAUUACUUAGAUUUUCU